GCCAUCCAGGAAAGGGUGAAGAAGCCUUCGAACAAACUUUUUUACAAAAAUCUGAUUUUUGCUUCCCCUAUUUGGAGAUGAUCUUGAAUGCCAGAGAUUUGGAAUUUCGUGUACCCUCUCUCUCAUAUGCACAUAAGGAAGAAAAUGAAGAGGGAAGAAAACAGCAGCAGGGAAGAGGCCGUGUAACUUUGGGCAUUGGCUGCCUUGAAAGCAGCAGCGCGGGUAUCGCAAUUUCGUAAGACGGGUCGUCUAUGCUUAGACUGUAGCGGUUCGAAACCACUUGAUAAAACGCCUCUUUUGCUCCGAUAUUUUUCUAAAUAUCACGAUAUUUUUGUAAAUUGAGAUGGUUCGGAGGAAGGAGGCUUAUCCGCCAUCCAGUUUCUGGACAACGUGGCAUCCCUGUCUCCCUCUCAACGAUUGCGACGUGGCAGAAGAUAGACUCUCACUCUCCCCACCCCCAGUUCUCACUGCUCUCACAGGGAGGAGGAAAAAUGGCAGUCGCGUACGUGGAGCACCCCUUCCACCACCUCUACCACCCACCUUUCCGGCUCGGAAUAAGCUCACUGACCACCGCCACGUUCGUCACACUAAGUCGACAGAGACUCAGCCGGAAGGACGGCGCUUUCCACCUGUCCAACGUCGUCUCUGCCUGCGGCUCGCCAUCGGUUCCCAUCCUUGACGAUUCCGCCAACGCCAUUCCAGCUGCUGAAGUCCGCCACCUCCAUGCUGAGGCCGGCGGCAGCGGAGCGCGGCAGAACUUCGGUCAGCGUCUCCAAGACUUCCUUCGACAAGAACCGAAUGAAGAGUCCGUCUUAGAUUUCUACAGAGAGGCGAAGAAGGAUCCCAACUUUUUCUUGGACUUCCUGUCGACGAAUUUCCUUAUCUCGUUCUUGACCAAAUCGGAGCAAUGGCGCAACAUCUCGGAGAUCGCUCCCGAUAUCGGCAUCUGUCUCGCAUUUCCCGGAUCCUCCACUGGUUCAAAAGCGGUUCGGCUGUGCAUAUCAUCUCGAAAGUUCCGAGUCGCCGAUGCGCUCCUGGACUCGCUGGCAAAGAACCGACGCACCGCCGCCCGGGAGUUCGCGUCGGCGAUGAAGGGCUACAACGAGCUGCACAUGUACGGCUCUACUGUAUCACUUUACGAUCGGAUGGUUUCCUUCGGGAUCGAGCCGGAUUUUCUCUGUUACCGGUUGGUUUUGGAGGCUCUUGAGAAGAGCGAUGAGACGGACAAGGCCGCGCGAGUCUUCGAAGAGAUCAGGUCCCGGGGACUCGGCUCGAGCAGCGAGGCGAAGUCGAUUUACCUCGCGUUCUGCCGAACGCUCGUCCAAUCCGGCCGAGCAACGCAAGGCGUCGAGCUCGUCAGGGAGAUGGAGUCAUCAGGAGUCGAGCCGGACCACCGCUUUUACGCCUGCCUGAUCCCCUCGCUCGUCGCCGAGGGGAGGCCAAAAGAGGCCGAGGCCCUCCUGAGCGAGUCUCUGGCCAAGCGUCACCCGCCGAAAGACCAGACCGUCUUCCUCCGCCUCGUCUCGUUACGCGUGGACUCGGACUCGCCCGAAAAAGCAAUGGAAAUCGUCGCGGCAGCAAAGAAUUCCGGCGUUAUGCUCACCGACUGUGUCCUAUCGGUAGUGGUCGGCGGGCACGCGAGGAGGCGCGGCCCCCGGGCGGCCCUGGAGGCUUUCGACCAGCUGACGUCCCUGGGUCUCCGGCCGGGACAGGUGACGUACUCCAUGGCCGUGGGCGCGUGCGCGCGGCUGGGGCUCACCGCCCGCGCCGAGUCCCUGCUUGUGGAGAUGCAGGCCUCUGGGUACGGGAGGUGCGUCUUCGCCUACGCGAUCGUCAUCCGACUGUACGGUCGGGAAGGCCGGUCGGGCGACGCGCUGCGGAUGCUCGGCGUCAUGAAGGCGAAGGGGUGCCGGCCGAACGUGUGGGUCUACAACGCCCUGCUCGACGUGUACGGGCGCGACGGGAACGUGCGGCAGGCGGAGCGGCUGUGGAACGAGAUGCGGGCGCGGAAGGUCCGGCCCGACCGGGCGAGCUACACGAGCCUGAUCGGAGCCUACGCUCGGGUCAAGGACUACGAGGCCUGCGUCCGAGUGUACAGCGAGUUCAAGGGCAGCGGGGGCCGACUAGACCGGACGCUGGCCGCUGUCAUGGUUGGGGUGCUGUCCAAGAGCACCAGGGUGGACCAGCUGAUCAGGUUCUUGGGCGACGUCAAGGACCAUGGGGUUGGGCUCGACGCGAGGCUGUACAGGUCGACUUUGUACGCGCUCAAGGACGCCGGGCUCCAGGCGCAGCUGAAACGGUUCCUGCAGAGCUUCGGAACGAAGGCCAAGCUGGGGGACGCUUGAGCGAGUCAGUGGAGGGCUGGUGUUUGCCUGUGAACGAAGGACUUGUUGAUCCACUCGUUUGGGAUUGAUGAAUUGGUGAAGAACCAAGUGGGCUGCCUUGAGUAGGUCCACUGGAGGUGGGAAGUGGGUGGUGCAGGUGAUCAGACACAGUUUGCUGAGCUUUUUCUAUAAUGACGAAAGCUGCGAGUUAGAAGGCCAGCUUUCAUGAUGUAUGCUCCCGAUUGACGCGUUGAGGUUUCCCAAAUUUAUCAUACAAUUACAUGACCUUGUAACGUUUUAUCUCAGCUGUGAACUACCCAGCAGUUCAUAUACGAGCUGUUGCUGCUUCAUUCCUGCUGUGAUGCUUAAAUAUUCAAAUAGCGGGAGAUUCUUGCGCUAUUUACCAGUGAAAAAUUUUGAGAGAAGUAUUUCUUUUUC